AUGUCUUUGACUUUAAAUGUUGAUGGCUCCGGGAAUGCUAACCAUUUGCAGGCAAAGUUUUUGGCCAUGUCCACGCUUUCGAAUGUAAGGGUGGAUGGGAGAAAUUUUACAGAAAGUCGAAUCCCAACAAUUUCAAGCAUCAUACCGACCAGGGAUUCGAUUUCCGUCGAGCUGACGUUGGGGGCUACCAGAGUCCACACUGCGCUUUCAUUUGAAUCGGGAUCGCCAAAUCCUGAAAGGCCGAAAGAGGGGUCUUUUUCUUUGAAGCUGAACAGCUUGCCGUCUCUUUUUGACAAGCCAUCGACCGGCGAGCUAGAGUCGCAUUUUUAUAUCCAUCGCUUGCUGGAAACGGUGUAUAAAUUUUCUAAAGCCAUCGAUCUUGAAAGGCUUUGUAUUAGGUCUGGGGAGCAGGUUUGGAAUCUUUGUGCUUCAAUCACCAUACUUGAUUGCUCUGAUGGAAAUGUUAUUGGCUGCUCUUCCUACUCAUUGCUAUGUGCGCUCUUUUCCGUUGAAAUGUACAAUAGAUUGUGUACAUUCAAGUAUCCCGACGUUGCUCUUUCCUAUACACCGCCUGACGAGGAUUUGCUUAAAAACUCCAAACUGAACUUGAACAAUAUUCGACCAUGCAUGCUUAUCGACCCCUGCCAGCUUGAGGAGAUACAUUGCGUCGGGGACAUUAUAGUGUCGAUCGAUCCAAAUACCAAAGACGUGUUCUCUGUAUAUAAACGCGGGCUAUCCAUGCCUGCCUUUGAGAUCACAAGAUUUAUUGAAAAGCACUCUAUUUCCGUUGCAAAAACAAUCAUUUCGGCGCUUAGAAAUCAGCUCUCCCAACACAUCAAUAAAUUAUGA